AUGACGGCUUCCGAAGCUAGAACGCCCGGCCCGACGGUGCCUCUCAUCAUCGGAAACAAGGACAUCACGACGACAACCACGUUUGACGUGAUCAAUCCCGCCAAUGGCAAGGUCGAGCACAAAUGCAGUUCCGCUUCUGUCGAAAGUGUGACACAAACUGUUGAUUCAGCUCAGAGUGCUUUCCCCGAGUGGUCAAAGACCAAGCCCGCGACACGACGAGAUAUUCUACUGAAGACAGCCGAUAUCUGCGAGGCUCGGAAGGAUGAAUUCGUCGGGUACAUGUGCGAAGAAACCGGCUCGCAGGUUCCAUAUGCCGAGUUCAUCCUUAUGCUUGGUGUGAAUCUUUUGAGGGAUGUCGCAGGCAAGGUGUCGGGUAUCCAAGCCACUUCCCCCGUCCUGGCACAGGAAGGAAUGAGUGCAAUGGUCUAUAAGCAGCCCUACGGAGUCGUCCUCGGAAUCGCGCCCUGGAAUGGUCCCUUCGUUUUGGGUAUCCGAUCCGUAGCUCUCCCUCUCGCAGCCGGAAACACAACCGUGCUGAAGGGCUCAGAGCUGUCUCCGAAAUGUUUCUGGGCGAUUGGAGACGCAUUCCGCCAAGCUGGACUUCCAGAUGGCUGUCUCAAUGUCAUUUAUUCUCAGCCUGCAUAUGCCGCGGAUGUGACUACGGCACUCAUCGCCCAUCCCGCAGUGAGGAAGUUGAGCUUCACUGGAAGUACUGCUGUCGGUCGGAAGAUUGGCCAGAUCGCGGCGACUUACAUUAAGCCCGUGAUCUUGGAGCUUGGAGGGAAGGCACCCACUGUCGUUCUUGAAGAUGCCGACGUGGAAAAGGCCGCCCUGGGGGCUGCCAUCGGAUCAUUCAUGCAUACCGGUCAAGUCUGCAUGUGCACAGAACGAAUUAUUGUCCACAGAAGCGUCGCCGAUAAGUUCCGUGAGGCCUUGAAAGUCGCAGUCAACAAUGUCCUUGGUGGCCCCAGCACCGGGUUGGUGGCGAUUAAUUCCAAAGCUAUUUCUAAGAACAAGGAUUUGAUUCGGGACGCUGUUGCAAAAGGUGGCAAAGUUCUUCUCGGCGAUCUUGAUACUCAAGUGUCUUCCGAUACUCGGAUGGGUGCAAUUGUUGUGGAGAAUGUGACGAAGGACAUGGACAUCUAUCAGACCGAAUCGUUUGGUCCUACCGUGUCACUUUUCGUGGUUGACAGCGACGAGGAGGCGAUCAAGGUUGCAAACGACACAGAGUACGGAUUGAGUGCUGCGGUGUAUACGGAGAAUCUGGCCAGGGGACUGCAUGUUGCGGGCCAAAUUGACUCUGGUGCGGUACACAUCAACUCCAUGACUGUCCAUGAUGAGUCUGCUCUUCCUCAUGGAGGAUUCAAGAGCAGCGGAUAUGGACGAUUCGGAACCAACAUGCUGGAUGAGUUCUUGUGGACUAAAUCGGUGACAUGGAUGGAUUACAGCGCUUGA